GCUACUCAUUUCCCACCCUACUCCAAAAUCAAAGUCUCAAAACCGGAAAGCAAACCAAGCAAGGACAAACAAUACCAUUAUGUUAGUAGACUCAAACCCGCCUCUCCUGCACCAUUAUGGAGCCCUUUUGCACCAGCCAUCCGAUAAAAAUCCUCAACUACAUGAAAACCAUAUCACAGAAGAAUGCCAGCUCCCAUUGAUAGACCUUGAAGGGUUGAAGAGUCAUGACGUGAGUUACAGGCUAGCCUGCGCUAGCGCGAUUUGUAGAGCCUCCUCAGAAUGGGGCUUUUUCCAAGUGGUGAACCAUGGCAUAAGCUCUGAGCUUAUAAAGAAGAUGAGGAGAGAGCAAGUGAAGUUGUUUUCAGCACCCUUUGAGAAGAAACAAACUUCUGGGCUUCUCAACAAUUCUUAUAGGUAUGGGACUCCAACAGCAGCUCACCCAACUCAAUUCUCUUGGUCUGAAGCUUUUCACAUUCCUGUCUCAAAAAUCUCAGACCAAACUUGCUAUGGGGAGUUCACCUCUCUAAGGGAAGUGAUGGAGGAAUUUUCAACAGCCAUGUCCAACCUAUCAAAAGUGCUUGCUGGGGUUCUAAUUAAUAAUCUCGACAAACAAGAGGAAGCUGCAGGAGACAUUUGUGAGUCGAGCUCAUGCUUUCUUCGCUUGAAUCGCUACCCGGCUUGUCCAUUUUCCCCAGAGAUGUUUGGUCUAGUGCCUCACACUGACAGUGAUUUCCUCACCAUUCUUUGCCAAGAUCAAGUAGGAGGACUUCAACUCAUGAAAGACUCCAAAUGGGUUGCUGUAAAACCCAAUCCGGACGCGCUUAUCGUCAACAUUGGAGAUCUUUUUCAGGCAUGGAGCAACGAUGUGUAUAAGAGUGUGGAACACAAGGUCAUGGCCAACGAGAAAACGGAACGAUAUUCGAUAGCAUACUUUCUGUGCCCAUCUUAUGAUUCUUUAAUAGGGAGUUGCAGAGAAUCCUCCAUUUAUAGAAAGUUCACAUUUGGAGAAUACAGGAGCCAAAUUCAAGAAGAUGUCAAGAAACUUGGCCAUAAAGUCGGUCUCUCCAGAUUUCUUAUUUAGAAAGCAAACGAGCGCCAGCAUCGAAUAAUGCCGGCAUCAGAUUCAUCAGUGCAAGUUGAAAAGAAAAGAAAAAGGAGGGAGUGCAAUUGAUUCCCCCAUGAGUCAAAGACUGCUGUCUUUUCCAGGAGGAAACAUCUCAGCUUGUUUAUUAGUGUUACUUGAAAUAUAAUUUUUUUUUCUUUCCCUUUUUCUUUGCUCCAUAUAUACUCACCACACCAUUUGUAGCUUUAGGUAUUAUUAUUGUUAUUACUAUAAUUAUAUAUA